AUGAAGCAGGGUUUGCGUAUAAUGUCGGGAAUGCUAGAGGGAUUGGCGUUCCUUCACGAAGCUCAAGGCAACAAAUUUACUGUUGUUCACAGAGACAUCAAAUCGAAGAAUAUUCUGUUAACUUCCGUGGAAAGCGCUAACGACAAAGAACUGGCCCUGACAGCUUGUAUUGCGGAUUUUGGUCUGGCUGCAGUGUUCAGUAGUCCUCAGAUUGAUGAUCAAGUGACCGGACAGGUUGGAACAUUCCGCUACAUGUCACCAGAAGUACUCGAAGGUGCGACUGAGUUCACCGUGCCCGCUUUUCAACGGAUCGACGUGUAUGCGAUGGCUUUGGUGUUAUGGGAAGUGCUAUCACGCACGCGUCUUAAUGAUGAAGAUGACGAUGUUCCUCCGUACAAGCAACCCUUCGAAGAUGUCACCAGUCCAUAUCCGAGCCUCGGCGAAAUGAGAGAAGUUGUAGUGGGUGGCGCUAUCGAGUACACGAUUAGAGAUAUGUGGCAUACGAUAGCGGAUGGAAGGAUCACAGCCAGUCUAGCUCGUGAACGGAUCAAUGCAAUGAAUGGAUGCGAUUCUCAAGGCUCCGAAGGAUACCAUUCAAGUAGCGGUUAG